CAGUCCUGAAUGCGUAGCCAGGGAUGGAGCUCAGAGCAUCUGGCACCGUGCUAAGGAUGGUCUGAAUGAGCUCAUUCUGGGAAUAUCCCUUCCAUAGAUCUACCUUCCCUUAUCUCCCAGCCUUCCCCUCCCCCAGCCUGCAACAGCCCUCCCUCUCGGUCCCUUUGUUCUACCCUUGCACUCACUGUAGCCCUUAGGACAGUCAGACACUGCAAGAGGCAGGAGAGGAAACAGGAUCUCCUAACCCUGACAGAGGAGAGAUCUGGGAACUCACAGCAGUUAUAGCUUCAUCAGGGACCCGGACAGGAAAACACCUGGUGGGAUUUCAGCUCAGUGGGUAAAAGGUCCACAAGUGGAAACUAGAGAAGAGAAACACCAUAAAAAUAUAAAGCAACUGGAGGAACAGGAGUUUCUGAGAGAAAGAUACAAAGAGAUGGUUUCUGGAGCAGUGCUAAUGCGAGAAGCUGAAAGAGCUGGAGGAAACUGAGAAAGAAGAGGAAGCCAGCAGAAAACAAACCAGAAACAUUCACUACCGGUGAAAGAAGUUUCAACAAACUCAGCAGCAUUUUUAAGAUUCCCAGUGCCGUGCACACAUAUCUGGUACACAUACAAUAAUCACAGACACCACAGAAAAAAACAUAUCAGUUUGGGAAAAAAACUUCUGGAGGGUUCACAGAAUUAACAGAGCUGGUUGAAUGAUAUGAAACAUAUUUUGGAGACUGGAAGCUAUUAAUUUGGUUCCAUGUUAUUCCUGCAGUCACGUUAUUUGCUAUUCACCAUAUUUGAAUAGCCAUCAGGGAUUUGUGAAAAUGUCUGCGCAUCGCCAAAGUUUCAUGAAUUUUAACUCCAGUGAUCACCUGUCCAAAACUUCAUCCUGGGAAAUAUAUUUUUCAUUAUUUAUUAUUCAUUAUUUUUUUAUUUUAAACGUUUCAGCCAUCCAGUCAGGGAGCAGAAACAAUCCCAUGUGACCUAGGUUAUCCGUCAAACCCCCAUGAAUAAUGAAUAGUAAAUAACUUGUGGACAACCCAUAGACUGAGAUUUAUUUGCACAGCCCCUCUGGUGACUACAUGCACAUUGCAGAGUUGCUCAGGCACAGAAGAAAGGGCUGAAUUCACAGCCCAGGCCGUUUGCAAUGACCCAUCGUUCAGCCAGCCCUGUAUGUGGGCACACGAAUGGCAACACCAUGUUCCAAGCUGCCCAGGUUCUCUGUGGGGAUGAGAAACCCUAUAAAUGCACCGAGUGUGGGAAAGGCUUUGGGCAGGAGAAGAUCCUCCGAGAGCACCAGCGAAUCCACACAGGCGAGAGGCCGCACAAAUGCGCUCACUGCGGGAAAAGCUUCACCUGGAGCACCAGCCUGAUCAAGCACCAGCAGAUCCACACGGGCGGCAAGCUGCACGCCUGCACCGCGUGCGAGAAGAGCUUCCGGUGGCGGCACAGCCUCCUGCAGCACCAGUCGGUGCACACCGGCGAAAAGCCGCACACCUGCGCCCACUGCGGCCGCAGCUUUGUGGAGAAGCAGGCGCUGAAGAAGCAUGAGAGCAUCCACACGGGGGAGAAGCCCUUCACCUGCAGCGAGUGCGGGAAGAGCUUCCGGCAGAAGGGCAACCUGGUGUCGCACGAGCGGAGCCACCUGGAGGAGAAGCCGCACCGAUGCCCCGAGUGCGGGAAGUGCUUCCGGGAGCAGCGCUUCCUGGCCACCCACCAGCGCACCCACACCCAGGAGCGGCCCUACCAGUGCGCCCAGUGCCAGAAGCGCUUCAGUGCCAAGCAGGGGCUCCGCAUCCACCAGCGUCUGCACACCGGGGAGCGGCCCUUCCACUGCCCCCUGUGCGGGAGGAGCUUCACCGAGAGGAAGAACCUCAACAAGCACCAGCGGACGCACAGCGGGGAGACCCCCUACACCUGCAGGGAGUGCGGGAACAGCUACACCCAGAAGUACAGCCUGAAGGUGCACCAGCGAACCCACAGCGGGGAGACCUCCCACACCUGCAGCGAGUGUGGGGAGAGCUUCAAGCAAAGGAACCACCUGGUGAGCCACCAGCGGAGCCACAAAGCCGGGAGCCUCUACAUAUGCGCCGAGUGUGGGGAGAGCUACAGCCAGUGGGCGCAUCUCACCGCCCACGAGAGAAUCCACCCCCGGCAGAGCCAGCCCGCAUGCACUGAAUAUCGGUAACAGAGGCAACGUAUCUCAGAGCAGGCCAAGGAUCCAUACGAGAGCCCACAUCCAUACACGAGUUAAGGGCCCCGGCUGCGCCCCAGGUGUAGAGCAUUAGCCAGAGCCAUUCUGAACCAGAAUGCUUCCCAGACAGGCGUCAGUACGUCUGGACCUCCCCGUGUUUCCCUGUCUCUCUAAGGACCCGAUCCAAUCAAUGGGAACCUUUCUGUUGACUUCAGUCGGGAUUGGGUCUCAGUUGUGUAGACAGGGUAGAACAUGCCAUAAACCAUUUUACAAGCCAACUAGGUAACAGUGAUAAGCAUCAUGCAGCAUUUACGUGGUCUCUAGAUUCGCAGGUACUUGUAAACAUCAAUUAAUUAAUUGAGGCACAAUCCUAGUCUAGGAUGCCGUGUAGGUCCGCCAGUUUGUAACACAGCCCGUAGGGGGCUGGGGAUCCAUUUGGAAAUUGUGUUCACGCCUUCCUGGGACAAUUUUAUUUCAGAAGAGCUCUGUCUAAAAUGUUUUCCCUCUCAGGCAGCAGGGCCAAAGAAACAGGCCACAGAGAAUGCUUCGCAGAGCCAAUCCUGCUCCCGUUGAAGUCCAUGGAGAAUUUGCAAUCGAGGCCUUUAUGUUUGCAGUCUGCGCACAAUGCACUUGGAGUAGAAAUUGCACACUUUAAAGGGAAGUGAUUCCAUUUCUAUGGCUGGAUCCCCUGGCGGCAAACAUAACACCAGCACCUUCAGAAAAGGACAGUUGGUGAAAGAACUUCUGGGGGAUCCUGGCAAGGAUGGACCCAUGACAGGCAUCACUAACCUCCCUACUGGGUAUAGUUGAAGUCUUACAUUUAAAAAGCUAAUGCCCUCAAGGGACAGGCAGUUUGAGACGGGCAACAAACCCAAACGCACAAAAUACACCAUACAAAAACCACCAGCCACAACUAACAAAGAGAUUCCUCCAAUAACACAAUGUUGUUAAUGUAUGAUUGGCUCGCUCAUCAUGAGUGGAUGCUGGUAUUCCAGUGGGGAAGGAAGCACCCAGUCCCGCCUGUUUCAUGGAAGAGUUUGAAGGGGACUUGCUGAAUUUAGCUACCAAAGUUCACCCUUUCCACGUAGAGAAAUACCACAUGUAUGCACCACUUGCUGGAGGUGCAGGUCUUGGUGGGAUAUUUAUCAAUGACCCUGCUGGACACGAGGGAUGGGACCAAGUUCUGGCAGUCAUUGGGCAGCAGAAAGAUUAGCUUGAAGCACAUGCUAAAAUGUUCAUUCUUCCAGAUUUAAGUCCAACCACAGCAAAUGGAAGCAAAAAAUGUCAUGCUGUGAAGCAGAAGUCUUGUGGGUGAGGACACAAGCGUUUCCAUUCUGUUUCCUGCCAAUGCAUGGGUAAUUCUUAACAAGUCCUUUACCUGUUGGGACAUUGGGUGAUGAAAUUGGGUGCUGGGAAACACCACACAAGGCAAAGCCAGAGAAAAGGAGGGUUUGAAAGGUGACCCGGGAGAUGAAUGAGCUGUAACUGUGCCAUUUGUAUGACACACACUCAGGCUGUGAAUGCUGGCUUUCUUAGAAUGUAUUACUAUUAUUUAUUAUUUGCAUAAUGUCAGCAGGUGCUGAGCAGUUUACAGACAGGUAUAAAGGAAAGGCUUCGCCUCGUUGAUUUUACAGUUUAGAGUUCCUGUCUACUAUAUGGUCCUUAAUGCACAAACAUUAAAAUCAGCACCAAGAGUUGUUGAUGUCUGUUCCUUACCAUUUAAUUGUGGUGAGAUAGAAGCUACUCAACCUAUUGUUUUGUAGAAAGAUGUAGCACAGAAUUCUCUUUAAAUGUGGUACUGAUUUUCAAAUGUGGUAAGGAGAGUGAUCUUGGCAGUUCAGGUCUGUAUCUCAUAGCCCUAGUAAAAACAGUAAAACAUAAGAGAAAAAAAAUCACUGAUCAGUCACAAGGAACAGAGCCACGAGCAAUAAUGAGCAUGGGUUAAUUGUUAUGAGGAAUAUGUUAGGCACAGAGAAUGUGUUUGGCGUUGCACAAGACACAAAUCGGUUGUCUAUAAUUAACCGUAACCUGAGGCACUGAUGGUCUGUAAGGCAAAUGUAGAAAAGAUUAGAUGUAUUAGGAGAUUUUCUGUGAAAAGAAUAAAAUUUGCUGUACAAACACAACUGGCAGAACGGCAAAUUAGUGGUUAAAGUGACUGCAAUAAAUCAGAAAUGUGAAAUAUA